UUGAACUUAGCGGACGAUAGCUUCGUCGAAGAUGUCAAUGACGACCUAAAAUGUUUUUUAACAGAGAAAAAAGUUGACAGCGUGCUGGUGUUCCCACCGGUGAGCAACUACCGGCGCUUCCUGAUCCACCGGUGCGUGGAGCGCCUGGCGCGGCCUGACCUCGCCACAUUCUCCAUCGGGUUCAGCGACGAGCGGCGCACCGUCGUGUGCUACCGGGAGCGUCUCUUAAGUGAUGAAGCUUGCGCACGUCCAGCCAUGGGACUGACGGCGGCAAACCGCGAAGAUGCCCCGCUCACCGAUACACGCGCUGCGGUGGGGGAGUGCAGGCCUGCGCAAGCGCAGCGUCGACAGCCUCAGGAAAAGAUCAGGUCGGGAUCCGCGAAACCACGGCGUCCAGAUCGUGCGGUCUACGUGCCUAGAGCGUUGCGGGGAACCGACGCCAGCUCGUCCGACGAAGCGAAGGCUGACAUCCAAAGGCGGACUAGUCACAGCGCCGAUCCAAAGUGUCCAAAGUCCCCCGGCCCCAGGGACAAGUCGGUGCACGGAACGCCCAAACGUUCCAUAGACAAGAAUUUCUGCAACGUUUACACACCGCCACCGCUCAGGAACCAGAGAUCUCACACAGCCCCAAGUAUAGGCAACCGGGCGACGGCGAACGAUACAAACGAAUCUGUGCCUUCUGGCUGCCAAGUGCCAAAUAGUGAUAGUGCAAUAUCGUUUAGUGAUAAUAGUUAUAACGACGUAGAAGUAGGAGAGAGUUUUUAUAUAGGAGAUUAUUUUGCUAAUGGACAGCUCGGGUUCUUUACUCCGACUUUUUACGAGUACGCGGACAACCGAGAACUUGAAGACGGCAAUUUUGCAAAUGAAUCUAAUUUAAAUAUGGCGGAACAGGAAACUCAACAGAGGAUCAUAGACGGUGAUUAUAUUUACAGUAAAGAUGAAGACGCCGAAAAGAAUGAGUUGAAGAGAGCGUCGCUAGAGAUAAACAGAAGUAGCAAGAGGAUAAUUAAACAGAGCUUCGAUUCAGAUGUUCUCGUCAUAUCGGAUCCGGUGGAGGAGACGAAGGAGAAGGACGAAAAUGAGUUAAGCGAGGCGAAGGAGAUAGAAACGAAGACUAAACCAAAACUAGAGGCAAAAGUGUCAUUGAAACGCGAGGAUAACGACUGGGACGCGGUGUUCGAUGACAGUGGCGAAUGCUUAGACCCGUCUCUCCUCGAGGAGUUGACCUCAACGGUUGGGAAGGUGCAUAUAAGCAAAGCGAAGAACAGUUAUGAACAGUAUCAGACAAAAGGGCAGGCGUUGUUCAACGGGCCGUAUGAUGAGACGUUCGCCCAUGUGGUGGAGGUGUACGACUUCCCCAGCGAGUUCAAGACUAACGAUCUGCUAUCUCUCUUCAGUGAAUAUAAAGACACCGGGUUCGAGAUCAAGUGGGUGGACGACACGCACGCGUUGAUCGUGUUCAGCAGCGCUAAAAUCGCUGCAGAGGUGUUGUCAACUCAACGUCCGCUCGCACGCUGUCGGCCGCUACACGCCGCGACUCUGGAGUCCCGCAAUAAAGCCAAGAAAUGCGCCGAGUUUCUACAACCGUAUAGACAGCGUCCAGAGACUUGCACGGCGCUGGCGCGGCGGCUGGUGACCGGUGCGUUGGGCGUGCGCCUCAGCACGGCGCGCCAGGAGCGCGCCGAGGAGCGCCGCCUCAUCACGCUCGCCAGAGAGAAGAAACGUCAAGCCGCUUUGCAAAAGGAGGCGGCGUGGGAUGGCUCGCUCGCAAAUCAGUCCGUGGCCGACACGUGA